UUACUCCCCUCAUAUAAGCUGGUUUCUGAUCCCGUCACAAUACUUGUUGGAGAGAAGAGGAUUGUGGCUUUUCUAAAACAUUCAGUUCCCGCUACACCAGCGUACAGCUAUGACUUCAGUCGGAGGCCUCAUGGGACUUUGGAUUGUUGCACUGCUGACUCUUCAUGGAGCAGACACCCAAAGAAACGCUCUCAAUGAGCCUGACGUCCCUUUCCCGCCCGCCGGUCCCACGGCUCAAAACCUCGCUGCCGUUUGCCAUCAGGGCCAGGGUCGACCCAGAUACACGGCCAGCUUCUUCCCGAGCUCCGGAGCUAGUCACUUCCGCCGCCGUGGAAACGCCAUCAACCGCCUGGAGUCGUGGUACGGUUUGUGCUGCCGUGGACAGAGUCACCAGGUCCUCUGCUGCGUCCAACAAGCUUGGAAACAAGCUCUGUCUCAGUUCUGUGUGGAAGAGUAUUCCACCAUGACUCUCCCGUAUGAGUGCUGUGAGGACAGAGGAGACGCACGGUGGACGUGCUUCAACAGCGAGCUGCCAAACCCAAACUACAGCCCGACACCAGGCUACACUGCGCCCCAAGUUCCUGAGGAGCCGGGAUUCACCUUCAAUGGAAAUGCCUGCUAAAGGUGAAAAAAGAACUUAGUGUAAUAAUGUAAAAAAAAAAGAAAAAAAAAGUACACGCAAUGAUAAACAAAAAUGAACAUAACCAUUUGGUAAAAGUAUAAGAAACAUUUUUCAUAGCUUUGAUGUGGAAGAUGGAGUUAAUGUGUUUAGCCCAUUUGGACAAGAAAAGAAUAUAGCAUGAUCAGUCAAAUAUGGGAGAUAAUGUUGAGCUGAUGCUUUGUAUUUUUCUUUGUCUCUCGGUUUAUCAGAAGAAGACAGGACAUGCUGGUUUGGCUUAUGCUGUUUGAGGACAAUAAAAGCUCAAUGUAGUUUUUUAUUUUGUCAGAUCUAUAUUUUAACCCAGUUUUGUAACAGGAAACACAGUGCAUGUCCAAACGUUCAUUUUAAAAAGGGUGAAAACUGAAAUACAAAUGUGAAUUUUGAAACAAGUUAUCAGGUCAUUUCAAUCCCUGCACCAAUGUUAUAAAAUGUUCACACAUGUAAUAAAGCAAAGUCUCCACCACGGGUCACUGUUGCAUCUAAUAUUUUUGGGUGAGUGACAGUUUGAUUCUGAGUGAACUGCCCAUCCUGAAUGCAAAGUCACUAAUAAACUAAAUUACUAUAAAAAUAUCACAACUUAAUUUCCUGCUUGGCUUCAAAAUAAAAGUGUAACACACACA